UUUGUGGCGGACUCAAGUAGUUGUCAGAUUGGGAGUGUAGCACUGUUUUCUUCAGUGAUUCCCUGCCAUUAUUUAAGCAUGAAACGUCGUCAGUUUUAUAGAAUAUUUUAAAAGGACCUAAAAAUGACACAAAAUCAUGUAGCGGGGAUGGAGGCGUCCGCUGUGUCCGUCCUGAAGCGGGCGGUGGAGCUGGACCAGAGCGGCCGCUUCCAGGAGUCUCUGGUCUGCUACCAGGAAGGCAUCCAACUGCUCAUGGACGUGUUGAAAGUUGUGAAAGAUGACUCAAAGAGAGGGCACUACAGGGAGAAGAUAAAGGGCUACAUGGACAGAGCAGAGCAAGUCAAAGCUCAAGUGAACCAGAUGAAAGAAGAUGGAAAGUACCAUGAACAGAUAAGAAUAGCAGAGGAUGCUACUGGUUACAGCUAUGAGGUUCUGUUCAAGCCAUACAUCAGCAGUGCUCUCAAGGAGGUCUGGGUGCAGGAUCCAUACAUACGACACACUCAUCAAUUGUAUAACUUCUUGCGGUUCUGUGAGAUGCUGCUAAAAGCCUCCUGCAAGGUGAAAAUGAUCCAUCUCCUCACUUCACAGGAUGAAGCCGACAGCAGCCAGCAGAGCAGCGCUCUGGCCGAGCUCAAAGAGAGUCUCAGUGCUCAGGGAGUCACUCUGGAUCUGCAGUACUCCACCACUAUCCAUGACAGGGAGAUCAGGUUUGACAAUGGUUGGAUCAUAAAAAUUGGAAGAGGGUUGGAUUACUUCAAAAGACCAAAGGGCCGAUUCUCGGUUGGAUAUUGUGACUAUGACCUCAGGCAGUGCCAAGAGACCUCCGUAGACAUUUUCCACACCAAGCACACAAAAACCCUAUAAGACUGUUGGAGCUAUAAUUAUUACUGUCUUUUUUUUUUUUCUAACUUAUGUGAUCCGAUUGACACAUCUGUGUUGUCGCUGGAUUUGCCUUCACAUACAGGUGCAUGGGAUGGGAUUUAUAACAAUUUCAAUGUUUGCUUUUUGCUUCACUGAUAUGUCUUAAAUUUCAGCUAAUUGUAUGAUUAAAUAUUUUAUAUUGCUAUGGUACAUUUAUAAGACAUUCUAUUUUAUAUGUCAUUUAUGCAUUUCAUUUUUUUGUUUUCUUGACGUUUAGGGGUUCUUUUCUAAAAAUCCUCCUUUUUUCUCAAAAUGUCUUCUGUAAUUAUGAUGAUCUCCAGAGAAGGAGCUUUUUAGGGUGAUGUACCACCAUCUGGUGGAAAAAUGAAUGAAUUUUCUAAAAAAAAUUACUUAAAAUUUGCAUUUAUAUCCUAAAUGUUUGUUUUACUGUUUCAUUUUCUCCUACCUUUUGAAAUUAACUUACUGACUGUAUUUUCAGUGCCUCUCAUUUACAAUUUAUAAUUCUAAAUUAAAUACAAAAUAAAAUACUACAUCAUA